AUGUGCAGUGAUUCACAGGCCUCAGUGGCAGCACGCCUCCUACUGGUAGCCUUCUGCACCUGGAGCGCCCCAGCUGUUCGACUCGUUGUUGAGCGCUCGGUUGAACACUGCAGCUUUGUCUUCCUGACCUGGCAACCAGCUCCCAGCGUGGAGGAGGAGGAGGAGGAGGAGGAGGGGGUGGCACGGCAGGGGCUGCCCAGCUGUGGUGGCCCUGCCCUGGGCAAGCCCUCCAUGCCACCACCCCGCAUGUCCUCUGCUCUCUGGAGCUUGGCGCUGAGGCAGGGCAUUAGUAGUUCAGCAAUUAUCCACAGCCCAAAUACGAGAUAUGUGCUUGACUUCUCAUAUUCUCUCAGUCACUCUGUUCCUCCGUCUAAGUGGUUCUUGUUUCCUCGUUCCCUUUCUCCCACAGUCACACACCGUGUCCCAGAUGGACCGUCGCCACGGCGAUCCCACAGCGACAGCGACGACGAUGACCUGCCGAACGUGACCUUGGACAGCGUCAAUGAGACAGGAUCCACAGCACUGUCCAUAGCACGCGCCGUGCAAGACUCCAUGUUGCCGUUCAGCAUUGAGAGCCUGCGGCGGCCGCGCCGGUCCGAGUCGCCGGACUCCAAGAGGAGGCGUAUUCACCGGUGUGAGUUCGAGGGCUGCAACAAGGUCUACACCAAGAGCUCCCACCUGAAAGCGCACAGAAGAACACACACAGGUGAGAAGCCGUACAAGUGCACGUGGGACGGCUGCACGUGGAAGUUCGCCCGCUCGGACGAGCUGACGCGCCACUACCGCAAGCACACGGGCGUCAAGCCCUUCAAGUGCGGCGACUGCGACCGCUCCUUCUCCCGCUCCGACCACCUGGCCCUGCACCGCCGUCGCCACGCCCUCGUCUGAGCGCCAACGCAGCCCAUUGGAUGCUGGAGUGACAGACAGACAAACUGACCAAUCAGAUCAGCAGAGCUGGUUCUCUGCCUGUUAGCAGUCCCCAUGGGGGCCAGGGGCCAAUAUUUCACUCCUGCCCCUUUUGAAGCAAUUAAAGCAACAGGCCGACGCAGUCACAGGGUUCGACAGAGAGAGAGAGAGAGAGAGAGAGAGAGAGAGAGAGAGAGAGAGAGGGCUGAUAAAAAAAGAGUAAACAUCUGGCAUGAGGACUUGUUGGCCUGUUCGUCUUGCCAGCAGCAAACAUUCAGAACGUUUCCCUCGGGAUGUUCUUUCUAUAGAGGCAUUUGUCCACAAGUUGUUUUGUCUGUAUUUCGUUCAGUUGCAUUGUUUUGGUGAUUGUCACUUUAAGAUGUUUUUUGUUUUACACAGCUUGUGAAAGAGAAAGACAGGAGUGGAUCAGGGGAAGGCAGGGUUAGACGAGACAGACGAGUUGUCGUGCAUGUCUUUCAAUUAAAUACCACCAUGUGGCACCUAAUUUCAACACCAUGUUCAUUUCAUCUUCCGUCCUGUGAGGAGAGAUCUCGUCUAACAGGGGGCGCACUUCUGAGGAGCAGGAGAGAAGCGCUUAGCGAGCGAGUUAGCAUCAGUCAAGAUGUCGAUGAGUGCAAUACAAACUCCCGAAUCAUGUUGCUAUACCAUCACUUCACAAUCAUGUUAGCGUUAGUAUUCCAUUUUUUUACAAUCAUGUCAGUAUCCCACCGUUUUACAAACGCGUCAGUAUUCCAGCACUUUGUCUGAGCAUCCAGUUCCCUUUCCCAAGUGUUAUACGUUCCCUUUACUGUCACCAGCAUCUCUGUAUUGUAUUGUAUUUGAAUAUCUGAAUAGUAUUUUAUCCUUCAACUCUGCAUUAUAGUGUUUUGUAUUGCUACAACAUUCCAGGGUGAUAGCUUCAGCAAAGAUGAAGGUGUGUGUGUGUGUGUGUGUGUGUGUGUGAAAAGAGAGAGAGAUGUAUGUAGUCGGCACAGUAUGUAGUCGGUUCAGUCUCCAGCCACCAGGGGGCCUGCAGAGGAGUGGAUAGAGUUCUUACAGUGGUCAAGCAGCUCGUUGGUUUAGACACAGUUAUAGUGGUGAAGCGGAGUGGCCAGUAUGACCCCACGUCACCUUGUUUAGAGAGCUUCACCCAUAUCACAUCCACGGUUAGGCCACACACACCGAUCAUCUUCAGUGUUACUCGUAGUCGUGUGGAAAUGUGACCGAUGUGGUCGGCAGCAGUCUGACGGCGAAGAGAGGGUCUGAAAUAUCCAAGCGAAUUCAAGGUUUCUUGAGGUUGGGCCUCAAAGCAGAGACUGUGAUUUAAAGAGAGGAGUGAAACAACAUGGCCAUCUAAACCUCCAUUCCCUACCCAAAGCCCAAACAGCUGUCCCACAGAUGUUUCGGCUGGCACGAGGAGGCCUCGAGUUAUCCCUCCCAAGAUGUUUUCAGGACCCAAGCCAUCACACAAGAGCCCUGCGUGCUCCACAGAAACGCCACCUUUUUAGACACUUUCAAUUCAGCGGCCCAAGUACUGACUUCAGAAGAGGAUUCUCAUUGAAAAAGCGAGCACAAAUUCAUCUUCAUGGUUUGACAAGAAUCAUCAUCAUCUGACCAGUACUGUCAUGGGAAGCAAGCGAGCACAAACCAAUCAGUCUACAAAGAAUUAUAAUCAUUGUCUAACCAGAGCAGGCGGGAUUGUCACGGUUGUCGUGUUGUUGCACUGGAAUUGCAACACAAACACGUGUGCUAAAUGCUAAAGCUAAGUGCUAAAGCUAAUGUCAAGCUAAGUACUAAAGUUAAGUGCUAAAGCUAAUGUCAAGCUAAUAAUAAAGUCGGUCCAGACAGAGGUGCUGUUGUUUUAGUGUUGAUUGGGUUUACCUUUUGCACCUGGGGUGGGGGCGGGGCCGAUGGUGUUUAAAGGAGGCUGAGACCAUCCUUAUUUCCCCCCGCUCUGUGCACAAACAUAGUUUUAGCAGAGGUCUGUAUAUUUUACAUGAGUUAUUCAAACGUUAUGAUAUGCGUUGGUUUAUUUGUAUGUUUCUGUUGUUAUUAUUAAGCCUGUAUCGUAAGUGCACAGUGUUGAGCAGUUUUGUACGUUUCCCAGAGAAGUGUGAUGUAUUACAGUCCAUAGUAUUUUACAGGGGCUCAGCUUUCUGAAAGUAUAAAAUAUAUAAAUAUAUAUAAUUAAACUUCAAAUUAUUUCAUUCUUGUUCUCUUUAUCCUCUUUCAAUGGUGUACAAUGAUUCAUAUUUUGUUUUCUAAUAAUGAGUUUGGUUUGAAGUUUGAAUGGAAUUUAUACAUUAUCAAAAUGUCUGAUAUUAAUUUUAAUGGAGGUAUGUUAAUAAAGAAGAGCCUGUUUGUAAGUUA